AUGCCCAACGCCGGAGGUCUCACCGACCGUGAGGCGGCCAUCGACGCGAUGAUUCGCUUCGUCUGCGCUCUGGACGAAGCAGAUCCCGAGCUCUCGGCCUCAUCUCUGACGGAAGACGCUGUCAUGGAUCUCACGCCCUUCAAGAAGAUUGGCAUGGACUAUAGCGCAGUGGAAGGACGAGACUCGAUCGUGCAGCGCCUGAUGGACGCUGUGGGCAAACCACUCGACACAACACACUGCGCUACGAACAUCCGCUGUACCGUCACGGGCGACACCGCCGAACUGACCAGUUGUGUCAUGGCGCAGCAUUUUCGUGCUGGCCAGGGACCUAGUCCUGAGUAUCAGGAUUACUAUCUCUUUGGGAAUCAGUAUAAAGCUAGCAUUGUCAGAGAGGGAGAGUUGUGGAGGAUGAGGCAUUUCUCCAUCACGCCGGCUUGGGUGCAGGGAAAUCCUGCGGUUAUGAAGGUCACGUAA